AAUGGGCAGAGGAGCUGACACCGACCUGAGGAGCUCUGGGCUGGGCCCCUGUGACUGGGGGACAUUGGUAAUACCCAACUUGUAUCUGAUCUAAGCAUUGUCCUCUCCUGGGGCUCACAGGCAGGCAUGGCUUUCCUUGUUGAUAUCCUGGAUAACUGGAGCCGUAAUGAACUGGACAACUCAGCAGAGGACUAUCUGGCCGACCUGCACUGUGCUGAUCCUGACAACCCAGAGUAUUUCUCUCUAGCAGAUCACAGUGAGGUCCAAAUCAGCCUUUCUACAGUAGGUUUUGUGCCUCUCUUUGGUGGAGAUCAGUCGCACAAAGUCCUUGCUCUCUUUGCACCCGAGGAUACACUGACAGCUGUUGCUUUCUACCUUGCUGAUCAAUGGUGGACUGUUGAAGACAUUGUGAGAACAUCCAAUCCUUCCCGUGAAGGCCUUCAUCAGGUCAGGACUCUGGGAGAGCGAAUGGUUCUUUAUGUCCUAAAUCGCAUUAUAUAUCGAACGCAAGAGAUGGAGAGAGAUGAGGUCCCUUUUUUGUGCCACAGCAGUUCAGAUUAUGCAAAGAUCUUCUGGAGGAAAGGGGAGGCUGUUGGAUUCUAUUCUGUCAAACCCGCUGGGAGUAUGUGUCCUGCUUACCUCACUCAAAGUUAUCAGCUGCCUGUUCUGGAUACCAUGUUUGUAAGGAAGCGAUACCGGGAUAAGGAAUUUGCCCUAAAGAUACUGGAAGACUUUGUAGAUUCUUUUACUGAAGAGAACCUUGGUUUGAGGUAUCCUUUGUCUUCACUGAUGUAUACAGCCUGCAAGCAGUAUCUAGAAAAGUAUCCUGGAGACCGGGAACUCUUGUGGGAGGUAGAAGGAGUUGGUCUCUUGUUCCAGAGGACUCUCAUUUCAAGUGUAUUCCAGAAGAAAGCUCAGAGACUCUCAGAGGCUUCCAAAAGUGAUUCAGACACAUUUUGUAAAGAACUCUGCUCACAGCAACCAGAACCUGAACCUGAAAUAGAGGAUCCAGUCUGUGAGAGUCAGAGCGAGCCCAGUGAGCCAUGCUUACCAAUGGAUAUCCAGGAAGAACCUGAAGAGGAGAAACCUCUGGAAGAUAAAUCUGAAGAGCAGGGGCCGACACUUGUUUCAACUCGUACUCGAAGCAGCCAGUUGAAACGUCCCAAGAUUUCAAGGAAGGAACUGGAAACUGAGGAAGAUGAGGAGGACAACAGCCGCCAGCAUGAAACAACAAAGCUGGAGUCCAAAGAACAGAUAGUGGAAAACUUUACAGAGCUCAUACAACAGCUAGCAGAAGACAAGGAUGACGGGGAUAUGGCGAAGCUACAGGAGGAGAUUUCAUGCAAACCUGUUGGGCAGCUUUUGGAGGACAGUCUUCAUGCUGAAGAAAGCAGCGACAAUAAUCAGAUCACAGAACCAGAACCAGCAGUGUCAGAAUCAUUCAAUGGUGACCUGAGAAAGCUAUUUGAUGAUACAGAAAAGGAUGACACAGAUGACACGGUGCAGGAGGACAUAAUAAAGGAGACCCUCGAACCUCACGUGCUGGAUACACAAGAAAUAGAAAGGGAAGUACUGGAUACUGAGUCAAAUCUAGAGCCUGGAGACACGGAUGAGAAAUCUCUAACAACUCUAGUUUCUGUUAAUAUGGAUUUGGAGAAAUCAAUGGAUUCCUUUCCUGAUCAGGUCAUCAGUUCGGAUGAUUUAGAGACCUCCUCCCAAGAGAACAUGGCAGUUGAAUUGGAAAACACUGUGAUGAGGCAGGAAGAAGAUAUAAAAGAGGCCCUGGAAGUAAAAGAUACAGAGACAUGCAUCCCAGUAUCUGGCAAAGAGCUCUCAGGUAACGGACUGGCAAGCUAUGAGGAAACUGACGGUGCAGAAGAAUGUUCCACCUCUGAUACAACUGAAUCCAUGGACACAGGAUCACUUGACAAACACUCCAUCAAUGUGAUGACAGACACACUCCCCACCCUCCGGCAAGGUCCCUUGCUUGUUGUUGAACUACAAGAUGUUGCAUUCCAGCAACUCUCAGAAGGACAGAAAAGUCAGUCCGGGGAUCAGUCGGAAGAGUCUGCGGUGGAGACAGAUCAGUCAGCGCAGAAAUCCAUGGAAAGAGGAGGGGAGAGCAGCUCGGAGGAAGCAGAAGCAGAAGUGCCAGUAAUAGAGAGGAGAGGUUUGCGCAGGAAGGCCAGGGCAUAUAAAGGACCAGCCAAGAAGAGGAAUAAGCUUGUUUAGCUCAUGGUCACCUUUGUUGUUAUUCACAUAUUUGUAAAACGAAAUAACCUAGAUUUUUUUUUUUUAAAGUUCUAUAAAGUUGGUGGACGUAGGUCACAGGCAUUUGUAUUUGUACAAUUUUUCCUGUUGAUGUUAUCUGUUCUCUCUUUAAAGUCCCCCCCUCCCCCACCACCACGUUUCUGUUGAUGACACAAGUACACAAACAUCAAAGCAGAACCAAAGCACAAAAAGACUUCCAGGUGUGAGCAGCAGAACUUAUGGUUUGCAAUGACACAAGUGUUGUCUUCCAGUUCUGUUAGUUAAGGUGCCCCCCCCC